AUGCAGAGUCGGCAUGCGCUCGAGAUACUGCCUCCGGAGCAAUGGGAAGCAGUCCUGCUGGAGUUCGGGGUAGAUGACCUUCUUGGCCUUUCCCGUGUUUGUGCGACAUUUAGCGAACUCAGUGUCCACAUACUUCAACGACAACGGGAUGUGUUUGGGGGAGGGUAUGCAAGCCUUUCGCUGCUUCGGAUCUUCGCGCUUUAUGCGCGCUCUCACCGUCUUCCCAUGGAGCGAAUCAACCUUGUUCUCAAGCCCAGCGUCCAUGUGUUCGAGGUAUUAGACGAAAUCAUCCAACGCGCCUCGCAGCUGCGCCAGAUAACCCUGGCAUUUACUCUGGAUUUACUGUCAUUGCACCAGCUCAACACACGAGACAAAGCCGAAACCAGCCACACGUUGACGCGGAUGCUCUCCCGUGUCGCCCAACGCGUACAUGGCGCCGUCAUCGUCACGUAUCCGGGCCAAAUCUACAGGAUUGCCUGUGCCCCGACAGACCUCGCCCAAUGGGAGCUCCACCAAUUCCAUUUCGACCCUCCCAACCUAUUCGAGGCGUGGCUUAUUCGUAAGCGCUCAAAAGGGCGCCUCUAUCCGCAAUACGUUCCGAUCCGGCGGCAGAACCAGCAUCGCUUGCACUGGGUCACUCCUCUCACAUCGCUCCAAUCGGUCGACCUCCAGCUGCUCGACUCGCCGGAAACCGGGCCGCCACCAGUGAGCCUGCUGCACUUCAACAAGGAGGCGGUGAGGGGGUUUACCAGCUGGCUGCCAAGCGCCACGUCCUACGCGCAUGUUCUGCGGCACUCGCAUUACCCCUCCCUCGAGACCCUCCGGCUGGAGUCGCACCUUUCUGACCAGACCGCGCUUCGCCGCUUCCUUGAAAACCACCCCCAGUUGCACACCAUCGAGUUCCGCCCUAAACGCCCACCCAAGGAAGCACGUGCACUCCAACUUGAAGUCCCGUCACACCCGCUCGUCGACCCGCCACUCGCCCACCCCAGCCUCGUCGCGCUCACGUGCAACAGCAACGGAUGCGGUCGCGUGCUCGAGGGUCUUCUGGGCUCCCCCAAGCUAACACAAGUCAGCUUCGCCCUCGAGGCCCGCGCCGCGCCGUCACGCAUCCGCGCAUUCACACGAGAGCUCCAGGCUCUUGCCGCGCAUUCCGCCCCCGGCACUAUCGCUCGCAUCACUUUUCGCCUCGCGCUCCAGGAGCCUGCCGGCACGGGCAUCAAAUAUCGCAUCAGCAAAUUCCACCCAUUGCGCCAGACAACUCAGGCGACACGGGCAUGGGCACAAGCCCCACAUGUUCUGGCCCUCGCGGCCCAGACAACCCUUGUCCGCGCGCUAUGUCUCUUUGUGUCAUCUAUCGACACUGCAACCAUGCUCUUUCCAUGGAUAGCCGCUUUCCCUGCACUUCAGAGCGUCGAGUUUGUUCUCAAGCUGAGGUACGACACACAAAACACCAAGGAGGCCUUCUUGACGCAGGCCAGGACGAAAAUAGGGAAUAGCACGCAAGUAUUCUGUACCUAG